UCUACGACGUCAUCACAGCGCGACGCUUCCCACAGAUGCGCUGCUGACGGGCGCCGUGUGCCGAGGGUUUGCGGAUCAGGCAAGUUGAGGUUCUCGGGGUGAAAUGUCAGUGGUGUCUCUGUGUCGUGCUCUCGGAGCGUUCUCUCUCAGCUCCAGGGUUCUUUCAGCUCCGUUGUGCACUCCUCCUGCUGUGGGAGGUGCAGUGGGCAUGGCCACACUUCUGAGGCCACACGCUGUUCGCUUUUUCACCACCACCAUGCCCCGCCCACAGAACAGGACACUGUGGAAACAGACGGAUAAAUACACGGUCCGGCCAAUCGGAAUGAAGAAGACUGGAGGGAGGGACUACACAGGGAAGAUCCGUAGGCGGGGCAUUGGAGGGGGCCACAAACAGAGGUACAGAAUGAUCGACUUCCACCGCCUGCGCUUUGAACCAGGGAAAGAGAAGGGCACUCAGACCGAGGAGAGAGUGAUCGAAGUGCGCUAUGAUCCCUGCAGGUCAGGUGACAUUGCUCUGGUAGCGGGGGGAAACCAUAAGCGUUGGAUCAUCGCCACAGAAAACAUGCAGGCUGGUGACCUGAUUAAAAGCUCAUCUGUGAUUGGCCGGAUGGCUGUGUUGGCCAAUGAGGGUGAUGCCCACCCACUGGGCGCACUUCCUGUCGGAACUCUGAUCAACAACCUGGAGCUCCAACCAGGGAAAGGAGCGCAGUACAUCCGCGCAGCAGGGACGUGCGGUGUUCUCCUGCGUAAAGUAAAUGGAACUGCUAUCGUUCAGUUGCCUUCCAAACAGCAGAUCCAGGUGUGUGAGACGUGUGUGGCGACGGUGGGCCGUGUUUCAAAUGUAGACCAUAAUAAGCGUGUGAUAGGGAAGGCAGGGAGAAACCGCUGGUUUGGGAUCAGACCCUCGAGUGGACUGUGGAAGAGGAAGGGUGGCUGGGCAGGGCGUAAGAUCAGGCCCCUCCCUGCACUGAAGAGCUACGUUAACCUGCCAUCUGUCUCUGUCCAGCCGUAGUGUGUGUGUGUGUGUGUGUGUGUGUGUGUGUGAGAGAGGUUAAUAAACAGUGGUGUUGUGAGAAUAAAUACAUCUGUACUGA